UGUGUGGUUGUCUCAAAAAAUUUAAGGUUUAGUUUGUAUGGUUUAAAGCCCGAUAAUAUUGUACCAUUCAGUGGAGAAAUGGUUGUCUUUAAGUUGGAAAGUUUCCCCUUCGUUUGCCGGAUGUGUCUGAAACCUGCGACAAAAGAUGGAAUGAUUUCAUUGGACCGAACAGAUCCACUUUUCGACGGCAGUGUGCAGGAUUUUAUUACAGCAGUAACAUUCGUAUUUGAAGAUUCUAAAGCAUCUUUGCUUCCUCAAUUGGCUUGUCAGAAAUGCUUUGAAUUGCUUAAAUUUUUUGCCAAGUUUCGAUUAAAAUUGCUUAAUAUGCAUCUAUUCAUAAAUUCACUGAUAGAGCUGAAAGGUUCCAACUCGGCGCCCAUGAUCGAUCUGUUCCGCAGUAAACCGGAUCAGUUGGCGAUUUUAUUCAAAGAUCUUGACCUAUGUACUAAGCCAACGGUGUACGUUGAAGACUUAUUGAAUGAAUUUGGCAACUACCGGAUUGCGAAAAUGGAAGAUAGCGAUGACGAAAAGAAAUACGAUGUACAAGUUGAAGAUCCUUCAAAAAAUGAUUCGGCUAUCUAUGCAGAGGAAUGUACUGCUGAUGAAUUAGCGGAGCUAAUUCCGCAACCACUUUUGAAAGAAAUGAAACGAAAGGGCUCGGGAUCUGUAAAAAAUAAGGACCAAAAAAUAGAUAGCCUUUUCCAAGCAUUUUCCAAUAUCGCCAAACAGGAGGGAUGUGAUCCAGCGAAACCGAAAAGGAAAAGGCGAAAUGUGCUGCUCAAUUGUGAGAAGUGCAAGUAUACCACGUACUACCCACAACAUAUGCGAGGCCAUCAGGAUUCACACAAGAGAAAAGAAAAUAGAAAAUACGCGUGUCCUUACGUUGGUUGUUCGGAAGUAUUACCCAAUGCACGAGCCCGUAAAAAGCAUUUCGAGAAUGUUCACAAGCCUCAUGUAUGUGACAUUUGUGGAAUCCAAUUCGCAACCCAGUCCGGAUUGUCUACCCAUAAGAAACGUCAUUUGAACUUGUUGGAUCAUUGCUGCGAGUACUGCGGCCAUCGGGCCAAUACAAAACAGGAUCUUCGCCAUCACGUUAACAUCCAACACAAUGCAGAUUACAUCUUCCCUUGUGAAAUAUGCGGAUUGCAAUUUAAACGGAAGUCAAUAAUGAAGGAGCACAUGGAAACCCACGCUAAUGAAAGGAAGUACAAAUGUACCCGAUGUGAUAAAUCAUUCAUAAAGUCGGCGACCCUCAAACGACACAGAAAAACGGUUCACGAAAAUGUACGCAUACCUUGUGAUCAUUGCCCGCGUACGUUCUUGCGACGAGAAGUACAGCGGGAUCACAUUGAAUACGUGCACGGGAUUCAAAUUCGAUUUAUUUGCGAUAUUUGUGUGCAACUAUUCUUUGAUAAAGAUUCUUUGGCGAGGCAUAAAUUACGUCAUUCCAACCCAAAGGAGCUUGAGUGCGGCACCUGUUUGGCUGUGUUUCCUUCGACUGAUUUAAGGGAAAAUCAUUUGUGCAUUUCUUACCGUGACGAUUACAUAUGUUGCGGAAGAGAUUUUUUCCAUCACUACAAUUACAAUAAGCAUAUGUUCAUCAAGCAUGGCGUCAGGGCGAACGCACGCGUGAAGCCUGAUCCCAAUCAUCUGGUCGGCUAUCUCCGAUGCAAACGGAAACGUAUUGAGCAUUGUCCGCAUUGUGAGGCUACUUUUACUACCAGAAAUCUGAAGAAACAGCAUUUGGAGACAUGCAUGCCUGAAGUGAAGGCUGUUGUUGCGGGUGAUCAAGUAAUCGAAGAAACUGUGGAUUUUGAACAAACCAUGUGUGAUGACGAGGUAACGGAAAAGUGAGUUGAUUUCGACAGCUCGU